AUGUCAUACGCUUGCUGCGAUAUGGACUACCUCAAGCCCUUUUGGGGCGCUCGGCCCAAGUUUCUGCGAGAGCCUCGUAUCUAUUCUGGUGCCGAAAGCAAAGCUCGGACGAUUGUUGCCGUUCGCCAAAUCAAAUUGGCCAUUACCAAUGCACAACUGGGUAUUUUAGUGGUCAUGCAUCAGGAUACCUCGUAUUCAGAAACAUGCCGGAAACUGCUCAUGUGUGCCACCGAUCCUGCUGCUGACAAUGAUGAGGAUGACUGCAAUGAAGAGGCAAUUGACACUAGCAGUGCUGCUCAAAAUGAGAUUGCAUUGGGCACUGACUGGCUGCAGUGUAUUCCCAGUUGCCCCGACAGCAAUUCUGCACUGACGCCUACUACGCCGAAGCGACAGCAUGGUCAGCUACUGCUUUGCAUCGGCACUUUUUCCAAGUACAGCAGCAUGUGCAUGAAUGAUUCGACCAUGAGCACCCUGGAUGAAGCCAAUGAUCCUAACAAUGUAAUCAUCAUUACCAAAUCAGCCAUCAUGCUGCCUCUGGAUUAUCAGGAACAAAUCGUCCAUGGAGCUCAUGCCGAAGAAGCCGUGCAAGCUGUGGCGGUCGCCCUGAGAGACAGCAAAAGCAGUCGACUUACGUGGGGACAUGGUCCAGGCACCAAGAGCCGCCUUCUGUCGUGGGCCUUUUCUCACCUGCCUUAUGCAAGCAGGAUGAACUUGGUUCUGGAACUCAACACGUCGAGACAGUCUGCACUCCUGAAACCACUGUCCAAGUCUCUUCAUGAGAUGAAUUCAAACAAGCACACAGUCUUCGACAUGAUGGCCUCAUACAUUCAGUUUCAGAAUCAAAUGAAGCUCUCCAUGGGCCCAAAGGGGGAUGCCCCGUUGUCAACUUCUUUGAUGCUGGCCUCCAUGUCAGCAUGA